AUGGCAAAGGAAACCCUUUACUCUGUACUGAAGAGCGAGUUCGAGAUGAAGCAGGAGCUGUUCAACUUGGUUCAGCCUUUGCUGCUUCAGUACUGCCAGGUAUGCGAAGAUUUGCUGCUGCUCUUUCGCAUCUGUCCUUGCCUAUUUGCGGAUCUUGUGGUCCUAGUUUACCACCCGGACCCUCUGCGUCGACAGUAUUGGCGCAAGUGGUGGGAGGCUCUUUGCCGGAACUACUAUUUGCUCGAAUUCAACCGCAAAGCGUUACCCGGCAGCACCUCAGACAUCUCAUCCACCAUCAUGGACCCGGCGGUCCCGUAUCCGCAAGACUGCAGGACGGCUGGUAUGAUGAGCCCGGUCCUCUGCUUUCAGACACCCCUGGAGUCUAUUGUGCUCUCACACAAAGAUAUACAAAACCAAGGCGUGGAUCCAGGGACCUAUGAGGAACAGGUCCAGCACUUCCUCUUGGCUUCGCGCUGCAUCUUCACUCAAGACGCCUGGCACAACGGCGGCAAAGAUAAGUGGACUCGGCAAUACAAUACCGCCUCUAAGACAGCAGCUGCGGAGCAAGUCGAUCCUGAUGGUUGGCGGCACAUCGGCUCGGUGGAGGAGGACGUCCAGACGCUUUUCGGCUUUACCGACCCUCUUUCCGGUCUGAUUCAUCACAAGGACCUGGCUUUGUGUCCCUUCUGCGACUGGGAAACAUCGUUGGCUCUGCGCGUCAAAAUGGGUGAGGCGGAACAAGGCCGGUUCGGCGAGGGUUCAAAGAAGACUGCCUUUCUCUUUGUCGCUCAGGGAUUCUUCCGAUCUCCGAAUAGACUUGAUAUGAGUGACAUCUGGAGAAUGAUGUGCGGCUUCCUUCCCACUGAGCCCAAACAAAUCAAUACCCCUCGGAGUGAGCUCUUCGCAACGCUCAACAAGACUGCUUGGACGGCGUUUAUUACUCGGGACAGUAUCGAUUUUGAUGAAGCGGGUAAGCCGUGGGCGGCUAGAGAACUGAAUGUGCUCACCGAGGAGAAGAAGAGGCAUUUGAUCAGACAGCAAGCUUUGUGCCUCUAUGGCCAAGCCAUGACUUUCCAGCCGCAAGAUCAAGCCCUAGCUGUCGGACCUGCCAAACGUGGCCGUGAGGGGGAAGGGGAGACAUGGACGGACAUCGCACAGUCAGUCGCUGGGAUCGCGGGAUCGGUAAUCGGCAAGCUGGGCUGGGGGAAGGGGAAGCGGCCUAGGACUUCGUGA